UAAUAAUUAGAUAAAUUAUUUUAAUUCGAUGUCCAAGAGGAAGUCCGAUAACACCAAUGUCAAUAAAGAUACAGAACAAGUUAGCACUCGUAGCCAAUAUAAACGAGCAAGACAUAAUGAAGAAGACAACGAUGCUUCUCCCCUUCCACAUAACAAUGAGGAAGAGAAGGAUAAUACAAUGCAAGGGAACAAUCCACUUGAAGGGAAUUUUACCAAUGAUAAUGCUCCUGCUCGUUUCUUCGAUAUUUUCUUAAGAAUCAUUAAAAACCUCCAUUCUUUCAGUCAAAACAAUCCUCCUGAAAAGGCUAAAUCAGGAAACGAAGAACAAAAAGUUUCAAAUCUUCCAUUGAAUCAUGACGAAAGUGUCAGGCUGCAACAAGAACACGAGGUUGAGGAGAUAGAGAAUAAAUCUAACAGAGAUACAGACUCCAAUAAACUUCCAAAAGAUUUUCCUAAAAUUCAGGAGAAAUUGGAAGAGAGUAAAAACAUCACCCAAAAAUCACCUCCAAGACAAAUCUACCAAAAAGAGGUAGUAAAGCCGGCCAAUCCUCCGCCUGCUCCUUCUUCUAUACCGGUUUCACCACCAGUCCAAUCACCUCCUCCUCAGCCAAAGCCAGUUCAACCCGCUCAAUCUCCUCCUCCAGUAGCUCAGACUCAGCCUCAACGUCAGCUCCAACAAUCACCAUACAAGCAAAACUUUGACUAUAGUCGUCAGAACCAGCCCGAAGCGCAUAUGAAUACAGCUCCUCAAGCCAUGCCUUCUCGAGAAAGACCUCCCACUUCAAACCAGCCUGUCUACAUGCAGAGCUCUAUCCCUACCCUACCACCCAAUAUCCAAUCAAUGACUAAAUAUCAGCAACCCCAGAUGCAACAAAGGACAGGAAUGCCAUCGAUGAUGUCUCAGCAACCACCUCCACAGUUCUAUUCCCGCCCGACUUCUAAUUCACCUCCUAUCCAUAUGAUGGCUCAAUCUCGCCAACAAGUCCUGCCUAAUUUUCAGAACCUACAGCCAAUGAUUCAAUCUCAGUACCCCUACAGCGUACGAACUCCUCAGAAUUACAUACCUAUGAACAUCCCAAAACAGAAUAUGGGAAGGCAGCCAACAGUCAGUGGACAGUUGCCUAAGCUGAACCAGCUAGCUGGACUUUUCAACCAAGUUACUUUCCCUCAGCAACAGACACAGCCUCAGAUCCCACCACAUUAUCUCCAACAAGCACAACUCAAAAACUUAAUCAUGAGUUCUCAAAACCAAAGGCAAGCGAUGUUACAAGGAUUAUCAGGCCAGCCUAAUCUCCAAUCCCAAAACAGACAGCCUCAAGGCAGGCAAAAUCAGCCUCCAAAUUGGAAUCCUAACGGGAAAUAUAACUAAUACAGCCUCAAAAUAUUAAAUUAGUGUUUA